CGAAAGGUGGGAGCGACAGGCUGACUGACGCAGCGGAAUGGGCGGAGUCCCUAGGCCGAUGCGAUGGGAUGGGAUGGGAUGGGAAAGGAUGGGCGACGGGGGGAGAGCGUGUGGCUGCCGUCUGGGCAUGCCUCACCUUUUCGUUUUCAGCACACACUGCCCACCGCUACACCGAUUCAGUAGCAGCUGGCUCGACCCGAGUGCGAAAGACGUAAGUCAGCUCAGCUGCACCGUCGUCUCCCACUCGAGCUGUCGCUGUCGCUGUUGCCGUUGGUAUUGGUGUUGCUACUUGGUCGUGCUGCAAAUGGUAAUGCCCCCAGCAAUGGACGACGACUUUGACCGACCCCGGCAGAGAAACAAGGUGUGAGGGAGGGGAGGGAAAACGAGAACGGGGGGGAAACGAGAAACAAGACACCACCCACCACCCACCCCCCUAAGCAGUUGCACAAGGGCCACCGUCCACCGGCCGCUUCGGCAACAGAACAGGCCACCGCCAAAGUGCGCCGAGUAUCCGCAACCCGCUUGGCCACGCCUGGUUCAGCCUCGUUCCUUUCUCAACUGGCAUGGAGCACGUGGGGGAACCAAGAAGAUGCGCCCGGAUCGAGGACAUCGAGCAAGACGGGUAAGACUUUGACCGAGAAGAAGGAGGGGUAACCUUUCUAAAGCGGGAGCAAUGGCGUGGCGUCGUUUGGGGCCUCUAGGCGGCUGGCUUUUAAGGUUGCAGUCUCUCAGGGCAAGCCCAGACGGCUUGGUGUUCCAGAGGU